GGGGAAAAAAUAAAAAUAUCGAACUAUCGAAGUGCGAUAGGUCUCGAUAGGCUAGUUUCUAAAUAAAAACAAAGAAAAUUCGGUUUUCUUGAGCGAUUUCAGCGAAAUCUAGCACGAAAAAGCAGCCAAAUGGAGCCCAACGAUGAGGUGGUGGAACGCCAAAAGCUGGUGAACGAUGUGGAAACGGAGGAGGAAGCACAAAGCGCACCGAAAUCGGCCACACCCGCCUCGCCCGCCGUACCGAAUAUCAAAAUCAAAGGAAUAUCCAGCGGCGAGACGACGCGCAGCAGAAACUCCGCAUCCUGCUCCAUCGAGAGGACGAUAUCCGAGAAGGAGAAGGACAAGAGCCAGGGCCAGGGUCAAGCUGCCACGAAGGUGACCUACGUGAAUGAGCGCCGGCCACGCCCCCAGGCGCACGGCGGCAGUGGCGGGGGCGGCGGCGCCGGAGACGAAAGAUUCGAGUUCAAGACGCGGCCGCGCAAACUGCUCAAAGAUCGCGAUGAGUUGGAACCCACCCACAGCAGUGCCAACAGCUUGAACGCCAUCACUUUGGUGAGCAGCGAGUGGCUAACACCUGAUCCCACAGCCACAGCUACAAGCAACCACAACACCCCCAAGAACAACAACAACAACAACAACAACGAUAGCACGAAACGCAACAAUAACAAUCAGCACAACAAUAGCAAUCAGAACACACCGCGAACGCAGCGUCGCCAGAAUCCCACAGCAUCGAUGCCAAACGCCAGUGUCCACAGCGAUAAGUUCGACGAUCGUCCAAUUAAACAUCAUUCCUUUGUCUCCGAAGUUCCCGAUGUGAAGCACAUGGAAAGAGCCCUCCUCGGACUGCUGGAUGACUUCCACUCCGGCAAGCUGAGGGCAUUCGCAGGUUCCGGCUGCACAAUGGAUCAGAUGACCAAGAUCCGCGAGCAGCAGGAGAGCCUGGCCAAACUGCAUUUCGAACUGGCUGCCGCCGAGGAGGAUUCGCUGGAGCACGGCAACGAGUUCAACACCAACAAGGCGCAGGAGAAUAUGCUGCAGCUGAUGCAGCGCCUGGAACAGCUGUCCAUUUCCAUCGAGCAGCUGCAGACGAGCCACACGGGUCUCUGAGAUUUGGCCCAGCCGCAGGCCUGGGAUCAACGCCUGCUCUGGCUCUGAGCACAUCGAAAGCAACGAGGAAUGCCAAAGUGGAGGAAGUGGAUGGAUGGCUUGGGAUUCAGGAGUUUUACACAAGACUAGCGACUUUUCGACGGGGGGGCGGACAGCUGGGAUUCUGUGUAAAUAUUUUAAGUUGUACGCUUAAGUGGGAGGAUUCGUUGGGCUUCUCAUGCUAAAUAGUUUAGCGAACUCGCAGUGAUUGUGAAACUAAUUUAGAUUGUCUUCGCGUAGCCAUAGCCAUAGCGUUAAAUUAUUAUAAUAGAGCAAGGGUGCCAAGGGUUGGUGCUAAAACGAAUUAUUUCAUUACAAUUCGAUUCGAUUUGAUUGAUGCGUGCUGCAGGUUAUCAGGCUUCGAUAAUGAUGGGAAUCUGUUCCGCUUAUUGUUUGUUAUAGUUAUUUGCAAUAUGUAUAAACACCUAAUCAUACACAUGUACGAAACUCGGACCUAUUAAAGUUAUCAUUUUUAUAUAUGUCUAAA